UUUUUACGCCAAGUGAUUACCAAAAUUAGCCACUAACAAGCAAGUUAUUGUCAUCGCUGACACCUUCAAUACCCAGAGCCUCACUUGCACGUGGACAGUGUUAUGAAUUUUUUCAUCCCGAAAAGAUGUCCGCUUCACCAAUGGAUACAAGGCAAGUAGGUAGACAUGUCUUUAUUUUUUCGAAGCAGAAUGGUGGCGAGAAUUCUCCUACAAUUAUUGCAAAGCCUGUCAACAUCACACAGGAUUUGCCACGAGAAUUUCUACGCUAUUUAAAAACAUUGUUCGAUAUUCUUGACGAGAAGGGAACAGGCUUUGUGCGACUCUCUGACAUAGAGACUAGGUGGAAAACUAAACAAGGCUCGAAUGGACUCGGAGAGGGAGUCAUGGAAAAUUUACGGAAGGUUACCCCCAAGAAUGGGCUUCUGAACUUUGAAAGACUAUGUACUGGAAUGAAAUUGGCCCUUAAAACGCAACCACGCGCCCAAACAAAUGGUAGUGCGAACGGCUUAGAUCACUCAACCAGAAGAUCGAACUCGCUACCGCAGCUGGACACGGCCACUAAAGGUUGGACUUCCGAUUCUAGCGAGGACUCAUUUGCAGGCAACGAAAACAGAACUAAGGCUCAAGUAAUUAACAAAUUAAGGGAUUGGAAGAAUGAAAAUCAAGAAAAGAGGCGUUCUCUGACUUUUAAUGCUUCAAAUCCACGGACAAACGGGAACGAUAGCUCCGGAAGUACAAGUCCAUCCUCAGGAAAUGGAAGUCCAAAAGGAAGAUCAAAUUCUACAACAAAAGUCUACUUUGUUGGUAAAGAAAUCAGCAGUAGUGUACCAACAAAUUUAAAUGGACAUAUUAAACAUUCUGCUGCUCCUACUGAAAUCCAGACAAUUGAAAAGGAUGCUAGAUUACAAGAGCUUGAUGAUGAGCAUGACCUUUUACAAAAUGGUCUUCAGGUCAUCGAAAAAGCUAGAAAGUGGUAUUUUAAAAGAAUCACAGCUAUUCAGGAAGAGAAAUUGCACCUUCAAAAUGACGACCAAUAUUCUCUUGAACAGUUUCAGUAUGAAAUUUUGCUUCACAAGACAAGAAGGAGAGAGCUUGGUUUGGAUGAUGACUCUUUUAAAGAGCACAAACAUCACAUACAGAGUGUGAAUCAGUCCUUAGAAAGAAUCAUUGAAGGGAAAUCACCUGUAAAGGCAUCACCAACUUCAAGUUCAGAAGCUAGUAAUGAAAAACAAUGGCUGCAGGAUGAAGUAGAACGUCUCAAAAAGGAGGUCUCUGAGAAAGGAAGUAAAAUUGCUCAACUGGAAACUGAGAAGUCUGCCCUCAUCCGCGACUUGUUCAACAGCAAAGCGUCUGGAAAAAAUGGACUUAGCACAAAAAAGCCCCAUCAGAUCUUCUAAUCUGAAGGCAAGGCCGGCCAAAUUGUUUCGAGGAGCUUCAAGUAAUUGCAAGUUAAUAGGUCACUUGUGCAUAUUGGUAACAUCUCCGAAUGUCUUCAGUUUCAACAUGGAGUCUGAUAAAGAUAUAAGUUACCCUAUCCAUUCUACUCGCUAACAACUGAUAUGGAUAGUUUACAAUCUCUCGCUUACUCAUUGCUCGCUGCGCUGCUGCUGAAAAUCCUAUAGGUCAGCAGAGCAUUAAUUAAGCAACACACGAUAAGGCAUGUAUUAAAUUGAAAAAGAUAGGGAAAAAAGUAUAUAUUUAUAUAAAAAUAAUUAUCAGCGCCUGUUAUUAGCAAUGAUAAAUAAAAAGUUAAUAUACUUGUUAAGCAAAUGGAUCGCCUAUUUUUU